UUUGAAGCCCUAAGCCAGCUCCCUCCCUCCCUCCCUCCCUCCCCGGACUCCUCGAGUUCGAAUCUCCGCCGCCCUCCGCGAUCCGAUUCCAAAUCGUCGUCUUCCUCCUCCACCACCUUGAAUUUACACUGCUGCAAAAAGAUGGUGACAGAACCUUCGGAUUCGAGCAAGACGUCGAGCACUCUGAAGUUCCUCUGCAGCUACGGCGGCAAGAUCGCGCUCCGCAAGUCCGACGGCGAGCUCCGCUACGUCGGCGGCUUCACCCGGAUCCUCUCCGUCGACCGCUCCACAUCCUACGCAGAGCUGAUGGUGAAGCUGAUGGAGUUCUGCGGGUUCUCCGUCGCGCUGAGGUGCGCGCUGCCGGACGGCGACCUGGAGACUCUGAUCUCCGUGAAGUCCGACGAGGACCUGGCCAACUUGAUCGCGGAGUACGACGGGGCUUCCCUCGCCUCGCCUUCGCCCAAGAAGAUCAGAGCCGUCCUGUCCCCGCCGGAGUCGCUCAAGGUCGUGUCCCCGCCCGCGUCAUUCACGUCCAGCUUCGACCACUCCGCCCGCAGCUCCCCGACGCACGCGGCCGCCGCCGGUGGCCGCUGGCGCACCGGGAGCCGGUCCCCGCCGCUCCGUCAUCGUCCCCAGGUCAGGGCGGGGGAGCUGCGAAGCUACCCCUGCUACCUCGAGCCGAGGAAGGUCUGGGCGGGCGGCCAUUGCUGCAAGUACUGCCACUGAAACGGGAACGGGAACGGAAAGACCGAGAAGAAUCUAUGCAAGGCCCAAAAAAAGGGCAAAAAAAAAAAAAAAAAAAACAGAAAAACGACGACGAUAAAAUUAGAGAGGAUUGCACCGUUUUUACAAAAAUUUACAAUCGGGAAUGAUAAGAGUGUGAUUUGAUGAGUCUGUACAGUAUUCGUUCCCAAAGAAUUUUAUUUUCUUUGGCUCACCCCCCCAAUUUUCUCACGCGCCAUGGAUGAAAAAAACACCCCCAAGUUCUCUGCAUACGCAGACCAAA